AGAAAAUGGGAGAGAAGCACAUUGACUAUAUGAUCAUGACCCACCAGCUGCGCUCACUCAACAUCCAUGCCACGCCUUUGAUGAUUGCUUCCGAGCUGCACAAGUUGAAGAAACUACUGGAUCACGUCACUGAGCACUUACAAUCCGUCGUCACGGCUUCGCAGAAAGGAUCUGCCGAUCACGAGGUUCUCUCGGACCAAUAUCAUAGCGUUUUCACGCAUUUGGAUGAGAUUUGCGGGUUUCUGAAAACGCUGAAUCAGCAAGUGAAGAUCGAAGAUCGUGUCGACUACUUUCUCGAAGCCUUUCAGGUUUCACUUGACAAGUUUCAUCUGAAAGCUCAAGAACUUUUCUGCCCGGUCGAUUAUAUCCGUCUCGAUCUAGUACAUGUCGGCAAACAGCAACAACAGCAAACGAUAGUCUACGCUGCUACAAUCCGCCAGCCCAAAUUGCAUUCAAAUAUCAACGAUGGCUGUCUACUGCAUCAGGGCUUUCUAUGGAAACGGAACGGCUCUUUGGAGACACGUUUCUGGGCCCUACUCUUUACCGACUCUCUGCUGCUCACCCACGUGAACAAUGGCGUUCAUUUCGUGGAGGAAGAGCCUAUCCUGCUGUGCAACAUGGUCCGUCUCCUGGCUGCUGAGAAUCAGUUGAAUCCGUCUUUUCGUUUGGUGUAUCGAGCGACAGACAAAACACGCAUCGGCAAAGUAUCAGUUUAUCUCGGCUGUUCUACUGUCACGAUGCGAGCUGAAGGCCGAACGCAGAAGCUUACGUGGGUCGAUCUCAUCCGUCGUCAAAUGGAUGAAUUGCAGAACCGGGAACAUUGUUGGAACGCGGCCAGUUUGUGCGAUAAGAACGAGAUAGGGGAACACCGGCAGGGGCAGGACAACAACAGCAACCGAAGCGGACGAGGAAAUGCCAUAGGAAUAUUGCGGCGCGUUCGUCGCUGCCUAUCUACAGGCGCUAUCUCGAUUCCGGCGUCGAUGACGUUAGCGCGAUCGUCGUCGACGUUGCCCCCAAAGACGACAAUCGCGACGACUUUCUACCAGAGCUAUUCUUGCGACGAUCUUUACUUGGUCUCCGACUUGACACCUGGCAAAUUCAAUUCAAGCGAAACCAUUACCGAGCAAGAGCACGAAUUCGCCGCUGCAGACGAACACCAACAGCCGGAUGUGGAAGCUUCUGGGCUUGUGUUUCACGACAUCAGCCUUGGCAAUCCAGUUGAUGUGGACAAGAGUAGCAACGUAAGCAUCGAAUUUGUGAACUUGAACGCUGAACCCAUCAACGAACAGAACGAACGUCACAACUUUGCAGAACGUUUACGACUGCGACUGUUUAGUCACACAAUUGGCAACGGAUCGAAGGAAAAAAUUGCCCGAACAGUCGUCAAGGGAAAAAACAGUGGCGGUGGCGUCGGCGUCGAUACAUGCCCAACGGGAGGAGAGGAACACGGACCAGGUCGUCAGCGUGUCGGUGCCCAAUCGGAUUCAGUUCUCCAUGUGCCGCACCGCACUGCAGACCGCAUCCAUAGCUGGACUGCCCGUCUCUGCUGCACAUUGUUCGACUGUAAAUCCAAUCAAACAUCAGAGAUUGCGUCCGCCACAAUUUGUUUGGAGAAAACUGAAAACGAACAUCAACAGCCGAUUAGGGUUCGCUCACCGAAAGCCAACACAUUCCAAUCAGUACUGGGUACCAUAACAGAGGACGACGGUGCUGAGAAUUGUAAAAUGCGACAGUUCCAGUCGGCGACGAAUACGGACGAGCGGCAUGCUUUACACAGCACAGGUGACAGCACAGAAACAAGUCCCAGUUGGGCGUCGGCGACGUCCAGUGCCAUGGAAACGCCCAACGGCGUCGACCAACCACUUGCCUUUGAUUUCAGCCGAAAAUGUGAAUUAAAUUCUGACGGACGCCAGCAACUCGUCUUACCGAAAUGCAGGGUUGUUGCUUCCAGUCGAUCCAGCUCCACCACAAGGACUGCUAUUGGCUCAAUACCGGUCUCUUACAGUAUGCCGACUACGCCAGAAAUGUCGGAAGCCUCGCCGUCUCCUCGUCAAGUCUCUGCCGGUUUCUUUCGGUUCCCGUUCGUUGGCAACGCCAGUCCUCGUCGGUUCAGGAGUCGGGCAAUGUCUGCUGAAAGUAAUUCGGAAGAAAUUGGUCCGUCGGUGGUGGUCGGAUCAUCUUCUCCUCCAUCUGGUGGCUACACGCACCACCACCAGUCACGCCACGAAAACCCGGAUCCUUCGAUCCCGGUUCAAUCUACUCAGCAGACGGACAAGCGACUUCGUUUCCCGCGUUUCCUUCGGCGCACGCACAGCGCUUCGGCCAGCACGGAAGCUCCGCCCUAUGCUCUAUUUCUGCGAACCAAACGAAUGGUGAGCAAAACCCGUUCGGCUGAUCUAACUGUCGCUGCCGGCCCUAACGAAGUGUUCAGCAGCGUCGACGAUGCCGCAUCUGGAACAAUGGCCAGCAGGAAAACUCGACUAUCUGAAAUGCGACUCCGCCUAGGAUUUCUACGCCGAAGAAGCACAGAGUCCGCGUUAUCGGCACGGCCAUCGCCGGAAGAGGCGCGAAAAUGGUCGGAAUCCUUUUCCGCUCUUAUGGCAUCGAAAUACGGAGCCGCCCUUUACCGCGCCUUUUUACUCCGCGAAUUCAGCAAUGAAAACCUGGAAUUUUGGCUAGCUUGCGAAGAGUAUAAAAACUCUAAACCGCAAAAACUUUCCGCUAGAGCGCAAAAAAUCUACAAUGAUUUUGUGGCCGUUCAAGCAACCAAAGAAGUCAAUUUGGAUGCCGAAACGAGGCUCAUCACAUUGACCAAUGUUCAAUCGAAUAACCCAGACCUUCAUGCGUUUGACCGCGCUCAAAGGCGAAUCCAACACAUGAUGGAGCGCGAUUCUUAUUUACGCUUUCUCCAGUCGGAACUUUUUCUUGAGCUUCUCCACCCGGAACGCUAUCCAGCAUCUUCCGGUGACGUUUCAGACAAGUCAUCUUCAGCUCCGUAAAAAAACAAAACAACAACAGGAAAAAAAAAAGGCACCAGCUACAGCUAGCCCACCAACCCAAACAAACAAAUAGAGCGCUGUAGAGGCUGGAAAACCGGGCACUGAACCGAUGCAAGAGAAAGAAUACUUUUUUGUUUUAUUUUUGGUUUUGGUUGGCUUUCGCCCCUUUGGCGUCAUCGUCCGUCACGUUCUAUUUUCGAAUCGUAUCUUCUCACAGCAGAGCUGUACUGUGAUAUUACUGCUCCCGUGUCCUGGUUCUGCAACCCUUCAUUUUUAUGGUUACCCCUCUUUUCGUUUCCCCGAUAUUUAUUUACUGGAAAGAAAAACAGCGGUGUCCACUAAUGUACAUAAAGACAGACGUAUUAUCGUAAUUCCUUUUUGGAAUGGCAGUGCUGACUCAGAAGACUCGUUGACCAAAGGGUCUAAACGGACUAACCAAAUGUUUCGCAAUUUUUUCAACCAGUUUUCCUUUUCAUUUUUUGUUGUUGUUAAAUUCGAUUUUUUCAAAUGUUGACUUUCAACAACACGAAUCACUCGCAGACACACACGGGAAAGGAAAAGAAACUAUUCGAAACACCUACAUAACGAAUCCGGAUAUCCGGAUAGAUCUCCUGUUUUCGUCACUUUUCAACGCCGACUCCCGCUCCCGAUUUUUCGAUUUUCCGAAACCCAAUUGAGCUGUGCUGCUGUUGGCUUGGGGCGAUUCGCGAGUCUGAUGACGUCACUUGAGCCCUAUAUACCGUCAUAUUGUCUUAAAAUGCAUACAUCUAUAUACAGUCUAGAUGCAGUAUAUAUUUAUCAAACGCUUUGCUUUCGUAAUUACUGAUGAUGUGUGUUACUAUAUUUUGUGUCCGAUGGUCGAAAGAAUUUAGGGCACCAUUCCAUGAUGCCGUUACAACUAGUCGUCUCACUAGCACCUAACCAAACAUCAUUUCUCGCCAACGUCUUCUUUUUAUUUAUUAAAGAAUGAGGCUAGAACAGCUGUUAAUUUUUUCAUAUCGAUGACCCCCCACAUCCCCUUGCUCCACCCCAAAAAAACAACCAUCCCGAUGCUAGUACUGAUGUCUGUUUUGUCCAAGUUCGUUUCUUUUUCUAGUCUGAUGAACUGCGUUUUUGCUACCACAAUUUGAUACAAAGACGGAUACACUGAAUCACCUCGAUCAGUUAUUGAAAAAUUUGAAUUCUAAAUAAAUGAAUAAAUUUAUAUAUCUAUACAUGCAUACCUUGUAUCCAUCAUGUAAGUAAUAAAAAUGUCUUGACGAGAUUGCAAUUUAA